AUGCGUGCGUUAGGUGUUUCGAAUUCUCAUCAGGCUAGCAAGGUAAAGAAGGUUAACAUCAUUGUUACCUCCCAUUGUUACAUCAUCGUAUCCGUAAGCAGGGACAUCAUGGAAAGAGGUAAAGCCGGCGAUCAGGAGUUCUACCUGCGAGCUUUUGACGAAGUUGGUAACCUCUUUGCCAGCUCCGCGAAAGUUCGCAUCUCCCUCUCGUACCACCCGCGACCGGGCAGUGCAACCCCCACUGGCGGAAACACCCCCGCUUCUAAGGCACGCGGAACGCCCUCCAGCGCAAAGGGGAACAUUCUCGGCCGCGCGCUUACCGCAGCAUUCUCCCGCAUCUCCGCGGAAAGGGCUGCAGAAAAGGGAGCGGAAAAGGGCGGCGGCGGCGGUGGAAUCUCGGCCUCUCCCGCGGGAACCCCCGUCCGUGCGCAGUCGUUCUCCCGCGUCCACCCGGAGACUUUCAGCAGCGCCGGCGGAGUGGGAGGUGGAGGGGGAGGGGGAGGGGGAAUGCCCGGGGGAACUCCUACCGGAACGCCCGCGCGCAUCCGCGGGGAAGAAGGGGGGCUUUUAGCAGGGGGGCCGACAGUGCAAGGCAAUCCAGGGGGCCCUCUCACCGGUGCUGGAGCUACUCCGGUGGGUACACCUGGGACUACACCUGGGAUCACACCUGGGAAUACACCUGGCCAGGCGUUGGCGAGCUUACGACUUGCGAAUCUGACGUUCACGCCUGGGAUUCAAACACGCGAGGCCAUGUCGUCGCAUGGCCCUAGUUCGCUGCAGCGGUCGCGGCCCAUGUCGCCACGGUCGCCGGCGUCGCCCAGGUCGCCCAUGUCGGAGGUGCGCGACGGUCUGCGACACGGGCUGGACCUGGUGCAGGCGCUGCGCGAAGUUACAGAAGGCGGUGCGAAAUUCGCGAACGCGAGUAACAAGAAGCAGAAGUCGAAAUCGGGGCCGUUGAGCGUGAACCAUCCGUAUAUGAUGGAAGCCGUGGAUCUACAGCGCAAGCAUAAAUAUAAAGCGCAAUCCGGCCCGUUAUUCGAUAGCGGAGACGCCUAUGACGCGGAUGGGGGAGGCUCCGGAACCUGCAGCCCGUACAGCCGCCGCCCCGCGUCCUCCUCCCCCCCGAGGCAUGUGCGCAAGAUGAUCCUCCCCCACCGCUCCGCCACUCCGCCCAUGUCCUUCCGCGAGGCCCCGCAGCCCCCCCAUUCCGGGGGGGGAUUCAUCCUCGGUAGAAGCGCUCCGCUAAAUCCAGAGGCCUUAGACCUCUGGGAAGGGGGAGAACCCCCACCAGCGGUAUUUACCUCGAGAUCUGGGCCGUUACGGCUGCAGGGUAAUUACUCGGGAUAUAAACCAACAUCGGGGCCUCUACCCACCACGACGUCUCUCAUGAAGCUCGACUCGUUAGACACUCCGCCGACUCUCCCCCCUCCCCCGUCUCUCCGCGCUAUGAGGCGGGGAGGGGUGGCGGGGAGCGGGCUGUUUUCGCAUUCGAUUGUUAGCGGGAGUGCUUAUAACGGGGCUGCGUUAAGCGGGGGGACGUUUAGCGCGGGAGCUGGGAGCAUGCAGGAGACGAACAGCUCGAGCGGCUGCCACGUGGGAUCCACGGGCGAUGACGUGUCAUCUGGUAUGGCAGGCUCGGGGAUGACAGGUUCGGGAAUGACAGGUUCGGGGAGGAUGCUUCGAAGGCAGGGGUCUGGCGGAAGGCAAGGGCCGGGCGUGCAGCUAGGGUUCGGCGGACGAACAGGGGGAGGCGGAGGCAUGGGGGGGUUUACAGGCGAGAGGGUUGGCACGUGGGGGAGUGGAGGAACGGGGGGAAGCGAAGAGACAGGGGGAAGCGGAGGUGCGGCGGCAUCUGGGGGGUUGAUGGCUGGUGAGUUUGGCAGCUUCGGGGGCGGGUGUGGGGCGGGCGGAUUUGGCAGCUUCUCCAGCCUGGCGUCUCACGGGUCUGUGAAGGCCCCGCUACAGUCCCAAGGCAGCUUCAGCACCAUCAAUGGUGCAACUACCUCCUCGGGCCCAAGAGGAAUGCCUAAGAGCCUGCAGCGCGGGGGGAGCGGGGGGAGCGUGCAGGACGAGGGCGGGGGGGAGGCGGAAGGUGAACAAGGGGCCGGAGGGGAGGGAGUGGGAUUGGCAGGAGGAUAUGCGGGAGGGGAAGGAUUCGUGGUGGGAGCGGGCUUAGAGGCGGACAAUGAAGUGGCACUGUUUCUGCCAGAGGGACGAACCUUUGAGGAAAUGCUGAUGGAGGAGAAAGAAACGGGGUUUGAACACGGAACUUCCACCGCCGUCGCCACUUCUGCUACUGGCGAGGAUGAGGGUUUUGAGACGAGCCACAUGCUGAUGGACGCGGCAGGUGCAUUGGAUGCGUUUCCCUUGCCGAUGCCCGAAGGGUUUGACACGAUGGGAUGGGAUGAGAUGGAGGUGUCAGAAAAUGGGGGUGUGGCGGAAGGAAAUGCGGCGUGGGGAAGAGAGUCUGUGCCCGGGGGCGGAGAUGAGCCCACAGCAGCAACAUCAGAUGAGCCCACAGCAGCAACAUCAGAUGAGCCCACAGCAGCAACAUCAGAUGAGCCCACAGCAGCAACAUCAGAUGAGCCCACAGCAGCAACAUCAGAUGAGCCCACAGCAGCAACAUCAGAUGAGCCCACAGCAGCAACAUCAGAUGAGUCCACAGCAGCAGUGGAAUGGGGAGCAGGCGCCAGCACCAACUCAGAACGGCUGGGCACGCCAGCAACCCGCAGCCAGGCAGCAUGCAUUCCAGAUGUCUGGCAACAAAUGGCACAGGCACAGCAGCCUUUAUCGGCAGCAGCCCACACGUGCCAGCAUGCCGCCUAUACAUGCCCCAGUGACAUUCAGCAAGUGACAGCGGAUGCCGGCCAGCUUCUUUCAAACAACCAAACCCUACCUGGAAGAAUUCACGCGCCUCCCUCGCUGUCGUCUCCUGGGUUCGGCACGGCAGCAGGGCCAGUAGGGGCAGUAGCAGCAGCUGGGAGUCCCUUGCAUCGAUCGAGGGGUGUUGGGCGGAGAACAAUGGGAGGGGGCAUUGGUGGGGGAAUCGGAGGGGCGAUGGGAGGAGGAAUGGGAGGGCUGGGAGGAAGAAUGGGAGGAGGGACAGAAAGUGGCUUUGACACUGGUGGUGCUGUCACUGAUGCUGUAGGUGUGGUGGCUAAUGCAGCAGCAGCACCCGUGGCUGGAGUGCAGUAUGCCUGA